UGAUUAAGUUGGAAAAUUCUUAAGAAGAAUGUGUCCAAUCUGUAGCAAAAUAUAUCAAUCAGACACAAGUAAGGAAUCAAUUGAUGAUGAGGAUAGAAUCAGUAACUUGCCCGGGAAUGUAAUAGAUUGCAUUCUAGGGAAAAUGCCUUUACGCGAUGCAGUAAGAACGAGUAUUCUUUCAAAGAAGUGGAGAUUUUACUACUUAGCCAUUCCGCAAUUAGUGUUUGAUGACCAGUUCUGCAAAGAAGUUAACGACUUUGUCGCCAAGAAGAAUCAUGGUAUAUUCUCCAUGUUUGAGCUCAAUUACCAAUUUAACGAAAUUGUCACCAAGUAUCUUAUGCUUCAUCCUCGUCGCAUAGAGACUUUUCAAGUGUGCUUUCCUAGAUAUUUAACAUCAACGAUGGUUCCUGAUGGCGGUUCAGCUGUGAUUGAUGUGAACAAAUGGAUACUAUAUUUAUCUGGGAGAAACAUCAAUAAAUUAACCUUAAUAUACGCUGGUGUUUUGAACUAUCGUCAUAAAUUACCUUCUUAUUUCUUCUCUUGUCUAGACUUGACAUUCUUGAAGCUCCAGAAUUUUGUCAUAUUGCCUCCACCAAAGUUUAAAGGCUUCCUAAAUCUCUACCAAUUAAAACUUAUUCGGGUUGACUUUGCAAACAACUGUUUUGAAAGUUUUCUUUCUGGCUGCCCCGUUCUUGAAAGGCUAAGCUUGCGUCGUUGCUCUGGAGUUCGUCACUUUAAUAUCAGCGGUUCUAAACUCAAGAGGUUGCACAUCAAGGCAUUUGAUAAUUUCGAAUCAAUCUCCUUAGAAAACGCCCCUAACUUGACUGAAGUUACUGUUACACUAGAGAGACUUGUAAUUGGACUUGAAGGCGGCAAGCUUAUCUCUGAUUUGGUGAAGCUUGUGGGUAGCUUGCCAAAACUCAAAAUACUUUGUCUAAAAUGGAAAGUUUCUGCAGCUCCUAUCUGAAACACCAGUUCCCCCUGUGCUAUCGACAUUGCCCGACUCCCUAAAGAUUCUUGAACUCAAAGGUGUCAACUUUAUGGACUUUGAUCAAAUAUCUGCUGUUGUCUGCUUGAUUAGAAGUGCUCCGAAUCUGCAAGAACUUAAU